AUGGCACCAUUAUCACCAUCCCCGAAUAUGCAACCUACUACGUCACAGACUUUUGGGUUUACUCUAACUCAUACCACGCGGAGGAGCAUAUCGAACAGACCAGGCAUAUUAAAUACGUCGAGCGUAUCAAACAUGUCAUCUUUGCAGAGUGCACAAUCGCUCCCAAGCGCACCAACGGUUUCAACCACUUCUCGCGGAUUAUCGUAUGGGCUUCCAUCAUCUACGAGAGGAUCUGGAAUGGUGCCUGUUGCAUAUGCAUCGCAUCGGGCAUUAUCGUCAUCACCAGCGUCUACGAUAUAUCCCCGACCUGCACAAGAACAGGCAAACGCACAUACACAAUUGCAUGGUGAUGGCCCUCUUGCGAUUUCUCAAGCGUAUUCUAUAUUUCCUUUAUCCACUUCACCUUCCUCCCAGUCGUCUCAUUCGAUAUCACCCUCAUUCUCCCAUUCAUCCUCAACAUCGUCUUCGACACAGCCUUCACUACCACCGUUAUCUGUAAUACUACCGUCACUACCAACAUCAGCUAUGUCAUCAUCACCGACAGCAACAACGCCGACUACACCGACAAUACCGACGACAUCGACAACAUCGACAACAUCAACCACGUCAACCACGUCAACCACGUCAACCACAUCAACUACGUCAACCACCUCAACGACAUCGACAACAUCAACCACAUCAACCGCAUCAACCACGCCAACCACAUCAACCACGCCAACCACAUCGACAACAUCAACCACGCCAACCACAUCAACCACAUCAACCACAUCAACCACACCAACCACACCAACACCAACAGCGCCGACAAUACCUCUUCCAACCCGGUGGUCUCGUCGAUUAUAUGCCCAUCAUAAUCGAGUAAGAGCGCAGAGAGAAAGGAAUCUGCUCCUUUCAAGGGCCAUGAAUAAUGGUGUGAAUGGUGUAGGAAUGAGUGGCGGUGGUAUAUCUGGUAAUAACAAUGGUAGUGUUUCGAGUAGAACAGAAGGUGAGAAUGAGAAUAACGAUGAUAUCACGUCCAAUGGUGCAUCUGAUAUAUACCUCACCGAAGAUGAUAUUCCAAGCAUGCAUCAUCACUUUAGGAGCAAGACCGUGUGUAAACUGAGUUGUAAACAUUGCGAAACUGGAGUGUGCGUUCGAGGAAUGAAGGCAAUGUUAUUGGCAGACAUACGGAUUGAGCUGUAUUCGACUGAUGUUCCCCCGUUAUCAGUUCAGUUGGUGGGAGAUGAUUAUAUGACGCAGAAUUGUCAUUGUAAGAUUAGGGAUGUUGCGUGUCUUACAUGCGGGAACGUACUUGGUUAUCAUAUAACUCAACCAUGUCAGACAUGCAUGGAAGCUUGCAAUAAUGGGCAUUUUUGGAUGUUUCAUACAGAUGGGGUGAACAGCGAGGAGAGGUUGGAUGCAGAUGGUCAAAGAAUUCUACUCUGGGCACAUCUUCCACGUGCGGAGAGGGACUCGGAGAUUUUACAAAUAGACAACGAUGACACUGAAUUCUGCUAUCGAUGA